GUCCUCCACCUCGCGCGGGCAUCCCCGCCUGAGUUUCGCAGCCAUGCAGCCUGCUGCGUGCGUCAAGCCCUUCUUUGUCAUCUGUUUGAGUGUUGCGGUGUCCAUGCUGCCCCUUCAAGCAGCCGGAAGACUGGCGGGCAGAGACAACUCCACGGCCCUACUGGCCCUGCUGACGUCUUCCUGGAACUGCUGUAAGGUUGCCUCCUUCUAGUCUGUGGCUGGCUUCACUCAUCAAUCACUCUGUGUCGCGUGUCCUGCAGUUGAGAAUAUGCAAUGCUCCUUCCCGGGACACGAGGAGGUACUGGUUGAGGAAGAGGAGGCAAAGCGCGCCACCAUGACGGGACCCUACAGCAAGAGACAGUCCAGAAUCACCUACGAACUCCCCGCGGCGCCUCCCUCACAGAAACCCCCACAAUGCCGAACGGGCUUUCAGGUCUUGACUGAACAAUGGGGCCACAAGACGCAUCACGUGUGGACGUCUCACGUGUGCCCAGUGCAUGAGCAAGGCCGGCUUCGAGGAAACUUUCGGAGGCUUUCUCCCUUCUGGGUAUCCGGGUUCCAACCUGGCCGCAGAUGCCUACCUCGAGGUUCGCUUCGCGAGGGACGAGAGCAAAGAACGCUUUCUCGCAAUGUUUGCCGCACAGGGACGUCAGCCCUGCACGCACAAGGGGAUGGAGGGUGCCAUCGGCAUGUUCAAGAAGUACGAGGAACUGGAGGUCAAGAUCAAGAGAAAGCGAGAGAAAGGCAAAGACACAGCCGAAUACGAGAAAAAGCUCGAGGCCGUUCGCACAGAGCUUUACGACAAAGUCAAAACAAAGUGAGCCUGAGUGCCCGCCGAAUGAUAGACUGACACGUGUUUGAUCACUUGCAUCUGUCUUGUCAGGUUCUUUGACUUGGGGUGUGUCUGCUGCAAGGCGAUGACUAGGGCCAAGCCAACCGAGACAGCAGCUGCCCCCUCCACGACAUCUCCGUCGAAGGCGUCGUCCUUCAAGGUAAGAUCUUUCGCCACCGACGAGCCGUGAGGCCUGCGGGCAAUUGUCGGCAAUGUCCUGCAGCCUCCCGCCAAAAAACAGUCCCGCAUGGACCCUUCGUUCGAAUUCAUACUCGACAAUAUUCCGGGGCUCGGCUCGAAUGCGAAGAAGCUCAUCAAAAAUCUCUAAUUCCGGCGCCUCGUGCGGCACGAGGCAAUGUUUCCCCCAGACAGAGACAGAGGGAUACAGAGAGAGCGUCUCUCUUCUGACAAAUAGAUGCCUUGUUGUGUGGUUGGCGUGGGUUUUGCGAGACACGCGGAGAGACACGUCGAUGGGGCGAAGAAGCGAAUGAGCGAAUGAACCAACCAACCAACUAACGAAUGAACGUCGAUGGCCGGG